AGCAAGUUGCCAGGCAUUGGCGCCGUGGAUAUCUAACCAUUUCUUUAAAUAUUUACGUUCUUCUACUGGCUACCAAUAUUACACAGUGGGAGUAACAAGCAACGGUUUGGGAAGACAGCCCGUCUAAAUCUAAAGCUAUUAAGAAUGACAACAAAUACUCUCUCAAGCACAAUUGUUCUUGAAGUUCUUAGAAAUGACAAUUAUGCGAAUUGGAGUGCUUCGAUGAAAAACUAUUUGUUGGCUCAAGAUCUUUGGGACAUUGUCGAAGCAACCACGGAACCUCCUAAACCAGAAGAUGAUGCAGUUGAAUUCAAGGCUUGGAGAAAGAACAAUGCUGCAGCUUUACAUCCAAUUCAAAUUUCAUGUGGGGUGGACAUACAAUCUGAGAUAAGGGAAAUCAGUUCCGCCAAAACUGUUUGGGAGAAAUUGGCUACAAUGUACGGGCCAGGAAUCUCAUCAAACAUCCCAGCUGACUCCUUGUCAAACAUUCCAAGUGACUCCUUAUCAAACAAUCCAGUAAGCUUGGCAGGGGCAGGCAGUGAAAACAACGACCUCCUUCAGUAUCAGUAUGAGCCCUUACGUACGGCUAUCAAUAAUGGUGACUGGGAUGCCGCAAAGGGUUUCCUUAGCAACCAAGAAGAUGCAAAGAGUGCAAGAAUUUCAGUCCAUGGACGUACUGCUCUUCACGUGGCUGUCUUUACAGGACAUACUAAAAUUGUGGAGAAGUUAGUGGAGUUAAUGUCGGAAAAGGAAUUAGAAAUAAAAGACGACAAUGGUGUGACAGCUCUAGCCCAGGCUGCUAUUCUACAAAAUAUCCAGAUGGUAGAUUGCAUGCGUAGAAGGAACACUAACUUACUUAACAUCCCAGACAAAUCGAAUAGUAUUCCACUGAUAACGGCUCUAGAGUAUGGAAAUAUAGAAGUGGCUCGCUAUCUCUAUUCUGUCUCUCUGCCAUUGCAAACAUUAAGCGACACCGAUGGUGCGACGGCUCUUACCCAUUUCAUACUUCUCAAUAAUUUUGAUGUUGCUCUACACUUGCUCCAGCAUUGCCCACGUUCUGCUAUUGUUCCAAACAAGUAUGAUACCUCCAGUUUGGCCGCAUUGGCUUCGAUGUCUUCUUCAUUCCCCAGUGGGAACCACCACGUAUUUUGGAAAAACUGGAUCUACGCAUGUAUACCCAUUGGAUUAGUGCAUUCCACUACUGAAAUUCAUAUAGACAUCCACAAAUCAAAUAAACACGAAAGUGAUGAAAUAAAGAUUAGCACAUCAGUGCUAGGCGUAUUGCGUUGGCUAGCUUCAAAUCUCAUUAAGCUCUUGGGAAUCAAGCAAAUAUAUGAAAUGAAGUUGCUCCAUCACCAGGCUCAUCAAAUUCUACUUCAAAUGUGUACUCAAUUAAAGCAAAUGAAUGGCGAUUAUGUUAAUGGAGCCAUCUUCCAAUCUACCAAGGGAGGGGUUGUUGAGUUCAUCGACGAGAUAGUUAAAGUAGAUCACCAACUACUGCAUAGCACUGAUACAAUGGGAAGAAAAAUAUUUUUUUACGCUGUCCUGCAUCGUCAAGCAAAAAUUUUUAGCCUUAUAUACGGGAUUGAUGCGAAAAAUUCAAUUACAAAUGCUACAGAUACAGCAAAUAGCACUAUCUUGCACAUGGCAGGGAUGUUAGAACCUUACACUAAACGUGAUCGCAUUGCAGGAGAAGCUUUGAAGAUGCAGAGUGAACUUCAAUGGUUUCAGGAGGUGGAGAGAAUUUGCACUCCUUGGAUUAACAUAAUUCGAAAUGAUACAGAGAUGACACCUAGAGAACUUUUUACCCAUAACCACAAGGACAUGGUGAAGCAAGGAGAGAAAUGGAUGAAGGGCACAGCAACCUCUUGUACAGUAGUAGGAGCUCUCAUUAUUACCAUAAUGUUCACUGCAGCAUUCACUGUUCCCGGUGGUAAUGAUCAAAAUACAGGGUUCCCAAUGUUCUCACAUAAAAAGUUAUUUACCGUUUUUAUCAUAGCCGAUGCAUUAUCACUAUUUUCUUCAUCAGCUUCGGUAUUGGUCUUUCUGGGAAUCCUUACAUCGCGUUAUGCAGAAGAAGAUUUUCUCCGAUCCUUGCCCACAAAAAUGAUAAUAGGACUUUCUACUCUAUUCCUCUCUAUUGCAACUAUGAUGGUAGCCUUUUGUGCUGGUCUUUUCAUUAUGCUGCCCGAAAAAUCAUGGAUGACCAUUCCUGUCAUUUGCCUCGCUAGUGUUACGGUCAUCUUAUUCGGUUUUAUGCAGUUUCCAGUUCUUUUCGACAUGUUCAAGUCAACAUAUGGACCAAGUAUCUUCAAUAGGAAAAUGAAACGUUUGUUUUAAGUAAUUUAUUUUGAUAGUUGGGGUUACUAAAGAAAAUAAGAGUUCAAAAUGAACAAUUUGUGAUCAUUCGACUUUGAUGUAUUAAGCGUAUUGGUCUGACUCUCUCAUAAUUGAUUAAUCAUUU